AUGCCUCUUCAUCUCCUUGGCAAGAAAUCAUGGAACGUCUACAACCCGGAGAACGUCGCCCGCGUAAAGCGCGACGAGGCACAGGCACAGGCUCGCGAAGAAGAGAAUGAGCGUCUGAUGCAAGAGGAAGAUGCCCGGCGCAGGAUAAAACUGCUGCGCGGCGAACCUGCAUCCCCACCUCCACCGCCCUCCCUUCCAUCGGACCCAGAGACUUUGCCAAAGAGACAGAGCUCGGACGACCCAAGAAGGCCUUACAAACGACGGCGGGUCGCUGGAGAAAACGAUACGGAUCGGGAUAUACGAUAUGCACGAGAAGAUGCGGCUCAAGCAACUGCCAAGCGCGAUGAACUCGUACGAGCCUCCCGCAAGUCUGGUACCGCGGAAGCACCCAUAACAGACAGUGCCGGCCAUAUCAAUUUGUUCCCUUCCGCGAAUAGCAAGACAGAGAAAAAUCCCGAGGCUGAGGCUGAAGCUGCACGGAAAAAGCGCAGCUAUGAAGAUCAAUAUACAAUGAGAUUCUCUAACGCAGCUGGGCUUAAGGAAACUAUUGGCCGGAAACCAUGGUAUUCCUCCGCGGACAAGGAAACACCGGCAUCAAACUCGAUUGUCGAGAAAGAUGUGUGGGGUAACGAAGACCCAAGACGCAAGGACAGGGCACAAGCUCGCAUGAGUGCUAACGACCCACUUGUAGCUAUGAAGCGGGGCGUUCGACAGUUGAAGACAUCAGAGCAAGAACGGAAGCGGUGGAAUGAGGAAAAGCGAAGAGAACUCGACGCUUUGAAAACAGACGAGGCGAAAAGGUCUAGCCGGCGGCGUGCCCGAUCCCCAUCGGUUGAUAGCCUCGAUGGGUUCAAACUAGAUGAGCCAUACAGGGAAAGUGAAAGGAGGCCAAAAACAUCCGAUGGAGGUGAAAGUCGCCAUCGCGAUAGAUCUCGUCAUCAUCGUCGGGACAGAAGCCGAGAAAGCCGCCGUCGUCGAUCUGAAGGCCAUACUUCUCGUCACGGCCAUCGCACUCGCCACAGCGAACCCUCUAGCAGACACAGGCGUUCCAGCUACUCUGCACCAAAAAGUCGCGAAUAG